GUCUAUAUCAACAAUGGCAAAGAAUAGUAAGCAAAGCAAGCCAAAACACUCGGCCAAGGAAUCCAAGAAGAGAGCUCACGCCGAAGUUGAGCAGGAUUCAAACUCCCCAGGCGAAGAAGAAUCUGAAAAGUUGACUGCUGAAGUCGAUGCUGAUUUCGAUGAAGUUGCCAAUUUGUUAGGCCAGGAUAUUAAAGACCCAGACGCAAAACGUAAAUCUAAGGCGGUUGAAGAACCAGCUAUUCCCGAAUACACUCCAGUGGAAUCCAGCGACAAGUCCAAGGAAGAAAACGAAGAGGAUGUAUUCUUCAAAGAUGCUGAAUUGUCUGAACCUACCAUGAAGGCUAUUACCGAAAUGGGAUUCACUAAGAUGACCAAGGUUCAAGCAAAGACCAUUCCUCCAUUGUUGGCUGGUCGUGAUGUCUUGGGUGCCGCCAAGACCGGGUCCGGUAAGACUCUCGCAUUCUUGAUCCCCGCUAUUGAAUUGUUGCACUCAUUAAAGAUCAAACCAAGAAAUGGUACCGCGGUUAUCAUAAUCACCCCAACUAGAGAACUUGCCCUUCAGAUCUUUGGUGUUGCCCGACAAUUAAUGGAGCACCAUUCCCAAACCUGUGGUAUUGUUAUUGGUGGUGCUGAUAGACGUGCCGAAGCUGUCAAGUUAGGUAAAGGUGUCAAUUUAUUGGUGGCUACUCCAGGUAGAUUAUUGGAUCAUUUGAAAAACACUCCAGGGUUCGUUUUCAACAACUUAAAGGCAUUAGUUAUUGAUGAAGCUGAUAGAAUAUUAGAAAUUGGGUUCGAAGACGAAAUGAAGCAAAUCAUCAAGAUCUUACCGAACGAAAACAGACAAAGUAUGUUAUUCUCCGCUACUCAAACUACAAAGGUGGAAGAUUUAGCGAGAAUAUCGUUGAGACCAGGUCCAUUGUACAUCAACGUCGUUCCAGAAACUGACGUAUCCACCGCCGACGGGUUAGAACAAGGGUAUGUUGUAUGUGAUUCCGACAAGAGAUUCUUGUUGUUGUUUUCCUUCUUGAAGCGUAACAUCAAGAAAAAGAUUAUUGUUUUCCUUUCAUCGUGUAACAGUGUCAAAUUCUACAGUGAGUUAUUAAAUUAUAUCGACUUGCCAGUGUUGGAUUUACACGGGAAACAAAAGCAACAAAAGAGAACAAACACAUUUUUUGAAUUCUGUAAUGCCAAGCAAGGUAUUUUAGUAUGUACCGAUGUCGCUGCUAGAGGAUUAGAUAUCCCAGCAGUCGACUGGAUUAUCCAAUUCGAUCCACCUGAUGAUCCAAGAGAUUAUAUUCACCGUGUUGGUAGAACAGCCAGAGGAACCCAAGGAAAGGGUAAGUCUCUUAUGUUCUUAACUCCGCUGGAAUUAGGAUUCUUGAGAUACUUGAAAGCUGCUAACGUUCCAUUAAACGAAUUUGAAUUCCCAAGUAAUAAGAUUGCCAAUAUUCAAUCACAAUUGGUGAAGUUGAUCAAGACUAAUUACUUGUUACACCAAUCGGCCAAGGAUGGAUACAGGGCCUAUUUACAAGCAUAUGCUUCACAUAGUUUGAAGACGGUUUAUCAAAUUGACAAAUUGGAUUUAGUCAAGGUAGGGAAAUCAUUUGGGUUUGAAGUGCCACCAAAGGUUAACAUAACCAUUGGUGCCAGUGGUAAGUCUAUAGAAAAGAAACACAAGAAACAAAGACGAGCUUAGUUGAUGAUAAAGUGUUGUUUGUAAAUUAGUAGAUACAUUAUUAAUAAAAGUCAAUAAG